UUUAGGUUAAAGGCUAAAGGCGAAGCCCGAUGCAUGGGUAUAUAAUAACUGAACGAAAUUGUUCGUACAUAGUUUUAUGUAGUGCUACUCAAAUAAGAUGACUAAUAAAAUUUCAGUAAUUUUGUUUUUGUGCGUAUUAAUAUGGAAGGAAAAUGCCGUUGAAGGAAAAUUCAAGUUUAGCUUAAAAUGGGAAAGUUCCCAUGAACCUAAGGAGGAAGUCCCUGUCAAGAAUUUGCCAAGUAUUCAAAUAUUACAAAAUACAGAUCUUGCAGCACGAAAUCUGCCAAAGUUUCGUAACAGUGUGUACGAUCUGGGAUUUGAUUUUCAGGGAAAUUGGUAUGAUGCAGCGGUAUUUUGUAAAUCUCGUAACAUGAGCCUCGUCAGUAUUGAAUCAGAGGAAGAAAAUGCCUUUCUUUACGAACUGAUGAAACAACGUUAUGGUGAGAGCAUGGAAUAUUGGUUUUGGACUUCAGGAAUCCAACGGAACAAUAGAUGGGUAUGGACGAGUACAGGGCGCCCGAUCGAGUACUUCAACUGGAUGACCUACCAACCAGACAACCAAAGAAGCCAGGAAAACUGUAUAGAAAUGAGAUAUAACUGGUACACAGGUAUGCGAUGGAAUGAUAGGAAUGGACUUGAUUGCGGCGUACAUGCUCUGUGUGAAGCAGAAAUUGAACCUGUUACACCCGUUACCCGUUACAACUGGUUUUCCCGUUAUACCACACCUGCUGUUAUGCGGUAUACCACACCUGUUAUACUGACUACCACAGCUGUUAGACGGGAUACCACACCUGAUGUAAGUGACGCCACACCUGUUACACGGCAUACCACACCUGAUAUAUGGGAUACCGCAACUGAUACGUGGGACAUCACAACUGAAAAAAAUUCUAAUUACACGGAUUAUUACUAGGGAUUAUUAAUCCCUAUAUAUUGUAAUACUUUGAAAAAAAAAUAAACGUCUUUAUUUUCA